CUUCCGGUUGGAAAAUGAAAGCAUGGCGGGCACUGAAGUUUCAAAUCAAACUUCUAUCAAACCAGACAGCUUUGGAAAUAGAUCUUUAUGGCAGUUAAUAAAUGGAACAGGAGUUCUCCGCCCCAAGGAGUUGGUGUCCAGGGAACUGACAAGAAAUGGAAAAAAGAUAUUGGAAGGUUUAUCAUUCUAUAAAAAACCAGUAACUAUAGCAGGAGAACAGCUCAAAGGGAAGAGACUCUCCAAGCUACACAAGGAUCUGGUACAGAAGAUCAGCCAGUAUUUGGGACUUGAAGAAUUACAGAGCUGGGAACUUUUCAGCUCUUUUCUAUCAAAUGACUAUAGAGGAUCACAGAAAAAUCUACAGCAAAUCCUCAGCAAUGAGCGUCACACCCAGGCCCUGGUUUACAAGAUCCGUGACUAUUACUACACGGAGAGACUUUACCUGUUACAGUGUGUUAAAGUCGUCAUCAACUUCUGGCAGGAUGACGACCAUCCCUACAAGGAUGAGCUUGAACAGUUUAUGAGGAGGUUAACUACUGAUGGAGAUAUCAUGGCAAAGCAAAUCCUCAGCAAUGAGCGUCACACCCAGGCCCUGGUUUACAAGAUCCGUGACUAUUACUACACGGAGAGACUUUACCUGUUACAGUGUGUUAAAGUCGUCAUCAACUUCUGGCAGGAUGACGACCAUCCCUACAAGGAUGAGCUUGAACAGUUUAUGAGGAGGUUAACUACUGAUGGAGAUAUCAUGGCAAAGUUAUUGGACCAGUUUAAGGGCUGUAUCAAGGAACAGCUACCUACAUGGGAGACCAAUGGAACAAUGAUGACUGAGAGACAAGCACAUGUAUGGGCCCACCAAAAUUUACUGGAGCAGUGUGAACUACUGGAAAUUCUGGUGAUCUUUUUGAAGGACAUCGAAAUCAACACUGACCAGGCUAUUAACUUAGUGGAAAUGUUUAAGCGUCAUGGUUUUGGUAGACAUCAGAAGUACAAGCACAUUCUAGAGGAUCCAGCGGAGCCUUUCAUCAAGAAGAUUGGCCAUCUUGAGAUGUUGAUAUUGUUAGAAACUCUGGACCUGGAGAUGGUUCAUGGCUGUACACACCUGGGCAGUUUUGAUGGACACUGUAUUCUCAAAGAUCCAAAUUCAUUUAAGAGGUUGGAUGAGGUGAUACAGACCCUGGGGUCAGACCCUUCCCAUGGACCUCUGCUACUCUCCUGGGUGGCGAUACGGAUGGUGUAUCCUACGGCCACAGACAACGCUAUCACCAGGAAGAUGGGCAAUAGUGCUCUGGCACUUCGAGUGUUUGAUGUUUUGUAUGAAAUCCUCAACACUGAACCAUUUACCAGCAAAACAUCGUUUGUGUCUUCAGUGGCCCAUUACGUUGUAUAUAAUAUGCUGGUGAAUUUACUCUCCGCGUUUGAUGAGGGAUCUCUAGGGGGAGAGAGGGAAAUCCAGGUGCUAUAUGCAAAUAUUUGUAAGCUGUUAAAACAAGAAUUUGUGUCAGAAGAUUUCUGGAACAAGGGUCUAGAGGAGGGCUUAGGGUCUGUAUUCCAUUCCUCACGUCUUAAGUUCCCCUUGGAUUUUGGUAGCCUAGUCCGAUUUAGCACCUCGUUAGCCUCCUCGGGCAUAGACAGUGCUAGGAAGAUUGUAGAAGUAUGGAGAAAGCUACCGUGUUACACAGAGUUCCUUGACAGAAAUGCUGUGUCGGACAUUAACCAGACCAAGGAUCCACUCAUAUGGCAGCUGGCAAGAAACAAGAUCCCCUACCCUGGAGGUAACCAUACAACACAUAGUGNGAUAGAAUCACUGGGCGCAGGGAUGGUAUCACCAAUGCAGGUGUCGAGGGUGACCCUCAUUGUAGAGAUGGUCAGUGCAGUUCUCGGAGCCUACCCUAAGGCUGUGGAGGAACUUGACCAGAUCAUUGAAUGUCUGUAUCAGCUUAUUCACAGGUUUGCCAACUUCAAUCCGCCACCACUUGACCUGAUGACAGCCUGUAUCCAGUGUCUGACUAGUGUAGCCAAAAAACACCCAACCAAGGUAUGGCACAACAUGAAACAGACGGGAAUGGUGCCGUACCUCACAGAGAAUGUGGACAACUUAGCAGAGGUUCUCAGUGGCCAGGGACUGAGUGUAGGAUUGUAUGGAGCUAUCCUGGCAGGGUAUGAGUGUAACCAAGGCCGAUAUUCUGUGACCGUGGCAUUCCUCGACUUCAUCAGCUGCUUUAUAAAGCCAUUUUUUGCGGAGGAGAGGGAGAACGACCUGAUGGCCCCCAUUCUUUAUUUCCUGCGUGAAGUGUUUCCUGUGUUCCAAAAAUGGCGCUAUUACAGCUCAGCCAAGAGAGAGACCAUUGGACAAAAGUGCCUAGACAUAUUCCACAAAAUUCUGACAUUUUUGACAGGAAACAGGAAAAAGAAGUCAAAUAGACCUCACCUACAGGAAGUGUGUGUAUACAGUUUGUUGUUCACUGAGGCAGGCCGCUCACUGCUAGACCUCAUCGCCAUGGGAGCUGACACCAUAGAAAUGGCACUCAUACAGCAGGGCAGUUUUGUGGAAGCUGGUACAGGAGUCGAGAUGAUACAGUUAGUACAGAUGUCCUUCUCGGUCCUCAAUCGUCUGCUGCUGCUCAAGUCUCCAGACCAGCCACUGUCACCAGUGGAGAGCGCGCUGUCAUCUCAGCCCGCGGGGAGACAAACUCAACAUAUUGUGGCAACCAUAGCUGGCUAUAUCUACCACAAACAUAACCCACGACUGCCAGCUCUCGCCUGCCUCCUCCUCAAACGCCUAGCUCUGGUGUCUCGGAUGUCCAUCUUGGCGUGUCUGGGAGGAGAUGCAGAGACCAUCAGAGACAUGUAUCUCUCACGUUUAUACGCUGUCACAGAGGACCUGCGCCUGAAGGUUGUCAUCCUGGAGCUGUUGUCUGUGUGUGUGGAGGCACAGCCAGGACUCAUAGAAAUCUUCCUCAAUGUCCAGCCGGCCGAGACAGCCUCAGGCACAGAUGCUUCUGCCACACGUGCCAGCAAGAAGGAUCUGUCCCUGGGUAAAACUAGUUGUCUCCAGACAGUACUAGAUCUGAUGGAUGCUAAGAAGCAGGGAGAGUACAUGUGUCCCCCAGACUUGCUGUGUGCCUGCAUGGACUUUAUACACGCCCUGUGGGCGGGGCUAAGGGACACAGCAAUGUCUGUACUCAGGGCAAGGACCAACUUUUGGCUGAGUGUAUGUGCCCCACUGACCAGAGAUCUACCGUCACCUGGGGAGGAAGACGAGAUGCAGAUCGCCGUGCCCUAUCAGGUGCGAACCAUUGCAUUUGUGCUGAGAAUCCUGUCAGAAGAGAUAUACACAGUCACCAGUGCAAAACUAGACAGCAAGCUGAAGAAAGUUCUGGCCGACGUCAGUGAUGCAAACCGCUGGAAGUACUGGUCUGGUUAUGUACGGGACUGUGUGGUUAGCCAGGCUGAGAGGACCGAACCAGAAUUACCAGGAGACAACCUAGCUGAUCACCCCACUCUACAACUCCUCAUGGCCUGGAAAAACUUCGUCAUCACCAUCACCAAACUCAAGGUUGAUGAAUUGAAAGUGAAUAACAGCCUAAAAGAGGUGAUCAUGGUAGACUUGAUGGAGGGUGUACAGGCGUUGGUGUCGGGCGAUUUAUCGGUACUGAACAUCAAAUUGGCUCAAAUAGCUAGUGCUUUCCUCUUCAACCUCAUCAAACAAUGGACCAGCUCUCUGAGUAACCAGACAAGGAUGAUUAAAGAGUUACAGGCAGCUGUAGUACAUACCCUGUCUAACAGUAAGACACUGAUCCCCCCAAUACAGGUGGGACUGCUGGGAAGUGUCACGGCCAUUAUACAACAUUCACGACUCAACUCAGUCACAGAUAUGAGUCCUGACAAGUACCUAUCAGUUGUCCUCCCUACCACAUGUGCAGUCUUACUACAGAGCACCCGUCAGCUCCCUUCGCCCCGAGAUCUUGUUGAUAAAAAGGAUUCACAAGGAGAAUUGGCAGCUGGAAACAUAAGACUUAAGAUGCAGAUUGUGACCUGCUGUCUGUUAGAGGAGCUCAUCCUACAGUGUGACAGGAGUGAAAUGUGGCUACCCGUUCUACAGGAGCACUUCAUCCUCCCUACACUAAUGGCCUCCAUGGAAGUUUUCAUCAAGGGUAAACAGGCUGUACAUUAUGUCCAGACAGUGUUUCUGUUGCUCUUGACCAUUGCCAAAUAUGACAAGGGGGCAGAGGCUUUAACAAUGAGUGGUGUCACACAGCAUACCUGUCUGUCCAUGAUAUCACUUUACCAAGACAGUGACCUCUUCUCUAAGCCAGGAGCUCCUGCCAGGAAGGAUGUGACUGAGCUUCAGCAGAAUUCCAGAGCAAGCUGGCAUGGAAUAUACUGUAUCUGUGUGGACCUGUAUGCUACCGUGCUGUCUGCCCUCAAGUACUCCUUCCUCGAGGAUGCCCUCCACUUUGUGGGUGCCCACCAGGAUAGGAUGCAGCAGUGUUUGGAGCUGUCACGGAUCACGUUGACCCCUGGAGCUCUGUAUGAGGCGGAAAAGACAUGUGACUUCAUCCACAAACUGUCACACUUUGCACGGGAAUGGAGGCUGCAUUUGCCGGACUCGCUCAUCAAACUGCAGACUAGCAUGAUUUACAUGAGCCAAUCGUUUAUUGCAUUCCUUAUGCGACCCAGAUAUCUACAGCAUAUACUAGAGCAACACAGUGGUCAGAAAGGUCAAACAAGAGAGCGGACAUCUACCUCCCCUAAACAACCACGUCUCCAGGCUCAGUCCUCUAUGGAGGAUAUUGAUGCCCCAUCAUCUCAACUCCUACAUACACAGCACAGGAUGCUGACUAUUCUUGGAAUGAGUUUCUCAUCUUUACGACAGUUCACUCCAGACCUGCUGGAGAUUUUAUAUGAACAGAGUGUGGACUACAGCGAGUAUGAGCCUUUCCUUGCUAUGGGUUUCAGUGCUCCCUCUGUGGACCAGGACAGUACGCCCUCCUUUGGUACACUGACCACCUGUGUGCGCGAUGUCUGUGUGAAAUUCCUUACAAAGUUGGAGCCUAAGUCGGGCUCCUCCCCUCAGAGAUCAACAUCUCCAGUCAACAACAUCAAUCAGGUCAUCUCCAAAAGUCUAGUGCUCUAUGUUAUGGAGAACGCCCUGUACAUUAUCAUGUCCCAGGCUACACGAUAUCUACGUGACCCACACCUCGUCUCUACAGACAAACAGCUGCUGAAACGAGAACUAGGCACUGAAAUGAAUUACUUUCUGAAGGAACUGGAGCGUUAUCUGAGGAAAGGAACACCAGUGUCCCCCAAUACCAGUUCCACAACUCUAAGCCCAAGGACAGCACAUUCAGGGGGACCUCUCUUGGGACGUUCCAUCUCACAGACAUCAUUUGCAAUCAGUCAAGAGACAGAAUUCUUCCGAUUUGUGCGCGAGUAUGUAACACAAGUGCUAAAAUAAUUUAACAGUUGUGAUCCAUGUUUUCUGAUCCACUGCUCUGGGAAAACUAUGUAAUUUGUGUUCGUCAGAAUGAAAGAUGUUUCCCAAACUUAACACAGAUCAUCUCCUGCAUUACUGAUUGUCCAGAAGACAAAGAUUCUAAAACUUGUCUUAAUAUUAUAAACAAUACAAUACAAUAUUAAGAUUCAGAGGCUGGAACAUUUCUACCUUUAUUGUGGUUUCUUUGGCUCGGACAAGAAUGUGGGUCUCAGCAUUAGUGCUCUGUUAUAAUAUUUGUAAUUGAAUCGAUUAUGGCUCAAAUGGUUUGAAGUGAGAGCUGUCUGUAAUGUUAGUAUGCAAGAGAAUGAGUGUACAUCCUUAUGUACAGUGAAACCUCACUAAUCUGGAAUAUAAAAUCUUUCAAAUUUCCUGGUCACUGAUUGGACCAUUACCGUACCCCUCUGCUUAGCCAGU